AUGGUGGGCCUCGAUAGACUCUCACCUCUCAUAUACCAUGAGAGACAGCAGGAGGGAUCCAUGCUUUGCGCACAGCAUGCGCUAAACUCGCUUCUCCGUAAGUCCAGGCCUAGAUUGCGUGAUUGCACUAAAAAUCCACUUCCGCUCAGAAGGACACUAUGUAGGUCUCAUUUUACGCAAAUUGAGCGGCACUACACUCACCGAUCGGUUCAGUUCACCGCACCCGAUUUGUCUGAUCUGGCUCGUAACCUAGACGCCCUGGAGCACAGUUACAACAGUGAAUCUAACAGUGGUGGAGGCAGCAUGAACAUGGACGAUACGGGUGGGACUCCAGGAUUUUUUUCAGUACAAGUGCUAGAAAGUGCCCUAAACUUAUGGGGUUUGAGUCUCGUUCGAUGGGGUUCGGAAGCCACUCGAUCACACCAAAACAAGCCGUACGCACAAUUGGCAUUCAUACUCAAUCACAACCAGCACUGGUAUACUCUUCGCCGCUUCGGACUCACACCCGAAAGUGGCCAUUGGUUCAACUUGGACUCUAGCGAGCCAGAGCCUCGCUGGAUUGGAAAAACUUAUCUCGACAUGUUUCUUCAACAGGCAGAACAAGAUGGGUAUGCUGUAUUCGUGGUAACACCCACUGAUUCUGGGAGCGAUCUCCCUCGCACACAAGCCGAUGAAUUGGCAGAAACUGUACCAGAACUGUCAUCCGAUGGACCCUUAUCGUCUAUGUCGAAAAGGACACCAUUGGACGCAGGGCAUGAGGAUGAGGAUAUGGAUUUGCAGGCCGCUUUACAAGCCUCCUUGGCGAAUGAUGAUCACCGUGGCACAUCUGCCACAUCCAGGGUCAGCGUGCCUGGCACUGCCCCUUACCCCCCUCCUCUCAUUCCAAGCGAUCGUGAUAUUCCAGGUGUUCGUAAUAGAGAGGUACCACACGCAACGACGUCUUCAAGUUGGAUCCACCGUAGCUCCCCACCCGCCCGAGAGACACACAGAAAUCCAGAUUCAGAUCCUCUGAGAGCCUCGAUGGAAAGGAACCGCGUCAUUAUGGAGAGGAUGCGCAGAGAGCAGGAGAUGGCUCUGCGAGAGCAAUAUGAAACCGAAGCCGCGCAAUUCGGCCCGACUCGCCAAGAGGGAUCAUUCGGAUCCUCGGCACAGGAUGAAGAAGACGAGCACAUGCGGAGAGCUAUUGCGGCAUCCUUAGUUGAUCACCCCGAUUUGGGGGAGGGGCAUGACAUAAUUGUCGAUGACGGUGAUGAGGAGGAUGAUGGUGACUACCGCCCAACUCCACUGACUGAGCAGGUGCACCGGGUAUACGACGACGACGACGCGGACUUACAGGCCGCCCUCAAAGCAUCUCUGGAAACGGCGCCUUCUGGAUUUAGGCUGCCAGCUAGUCCACCCCCACGACCUUCUCAGCGAUUUACGUCACCCCCAUCGGCACCAACCACUUCUUCGGAACAGAAGACGAAGGCGACGGAGGAAGGAACGGAGUCUGAUAGUGAGGACAAUGCUAGUUGCGCUCAAUCGGAGGCGCCGCAGGAGGCAGGGCCUAGCAUAGAAGAGAUACGGAGGCGUCGUCUGGCGAGGUUCGGAGGAUGA